GCCCGGCGUCCGGGCGCUAAGGACCGCAGCUGCUCGGCGGGACUCGGCCUCGCCGCCGGCGCGAUGGCCUCGGAGGUGGUGUGCGGACUCGUCUUCAGGCUGCUGCUGCCCGUCUGCCUGGCAGUCGCAUGUGCGUUCCGGUACAAUGGGCUUUCCUUUGUCUACCUUAUCUACCUCCUGCUCAUUCCUCUGUUCUCAGAACCAACAAAAGCGACGAUGCAAGGACACACGGGUCGGCUGCUCAAGUCCCUGUGCCUCCUGAGCCUCUCCUUCCUGCUGCUGCACAUCGUCUUCCACAUCACGCUGGCAAGCCUCGAGGCCCAGCACCGCAUCACGCCUGGCUACAACUGCUCAACGUGGGAAAAGACAUUUCGGCAGAUUGGCUUUGAAAGCUUGGAGGGUGCAGACGCUGGCAACGGGAUCCGAGUGUUCGUGCCGGACAUCGGGAUGUUCAUCGUCAGCCUGACCAUCUGGCUCGUCUGUAGGAACAUGGUCCAGAAACCCGCAGUGGAGGAAACAGCCCGGGACACCCCCGAGUUUGAAAACGAAGAACUGGCCAGAGGAGAGAAAAUGGACUCCAAGGAGGCACUGAUUGAGGAUGAGGACCUGGACGGGGCUGACAUGGAGGACACCGAGGGGGAGGACAGUGCCCGGCUGAGGCUGUUCCGCCAGCUGGCCUCGCUGGCCUCGCGACUCAAAGAGUUCGUGGGGAAUAUGAUCACCACGGCCGGCAAGGUGGUGGUCACCAUCCUCCUGGGCUCCUCAGGCAUGAUGCUGCCCUCACUGACCUCGGCUGUCUACUUCUUCGUCUUCCUGGGCCUGUGCACCUGGUGGUCCUGGUGCCGCACGUUUGACCCACUACUGUUCAGCUGCCUCUGUGUCCUGCUGGCCAUCUUCACAGCCGGGCACCUAAUUGGGCUGUACUUAUACCAGUUCCAGUUCUUCCAGGAGGCCGUACCCCCCAAUGACUACUACGCAAGGCUGUUUGGUAUCAAGUCAGUGAUCCAAACCGACUGUUCCAGUACUUGGAAGAUCAUCGUCAACCCAGACCUGUCCUGGUACCACCACGCCAACCCCAUCCUGCUGCUGGUCAUGUACUACACGCUGGCCACACUGAUCCGAAUCUGGCUCCAGGAGCCCCUCGUGCCAGAUGAGAUGGCCAAGGAUGAGGACUGCGCCCUGGGUGACAGCCCCAGCCAGCACUCGGCGGAGCGGCGGCGGAGCUUGUGGUAUGCGGCCCACUACCCGACCGACGAGAGGAAGCUUCUGUCCAUGACCCAAGACGACUACAAACCAUCUGAUGGCCUGCUGGUGACGGUGAACGGCAACCCUGUGGACUACCACACCAUCCACCCAAGCCUGCCCCUGGAGAAUGGCCCCGCCAAGGCCGACCUGUACUCCACACCCCACUACCGCUGGGAGCCCUUGGAGGGGUCUGCAGAAAAGAAAGAGGAUGAGGAGUAUGAGAAGGAAGAAUCUGAAGGGGAAAGGAGCCGGGAAGACAAGAGAAGUGUUAAAGUCCACGCCAUGGUGUCCGUGUUCCAGUUCAUCAUGAAACAGAGCUACAUCUGUGCCCUCAUUGCCAUGAUGGCCUGGAGCAUCACCUACCACAGCUGGCUGACAUUCGUGCUGCUGAUCUGGUCCUGCACUCUGUGGAUGAUCCGCAGCAGGAGGAAGUACGCCAUGGUCAGCUCCCCAUUCAUGGUCAUCUACGCCAAUCUGCUGCUGGUGCUGCAGUACAUAUGGAGCUUCGAACUUCCGGAGAUUAAAAAGGUCCCGGGAUUUCUAGAGAAGAAAGAGCCAGGAGAACUUGCCUCAAAGAUUCUCUUCACUAUCACUUUUUGGCUCCUGCUGCGGCAGCACCUCACGGAGCAAAAAGCUCUUCGGGAAAAGGAAGCUCUUUUGUCAGAAGUCAAAAUAGGAAGUCAGGAAAAUGAAGAAAAAGAUGAGGACCUGGAAGAGGUGCAAGUGGAAGGAGAGCCCAAGGAGAAGGAGGAGGAAGAGGGGGAGGGGCCGAAGGAGGAGAAGCAGGAGACAAAGGAGGAGGAGGAGGAAGCAGAGGAAGACGGAGAUGACCAGGACAUCAUGAAAGUCUUGGGCAACCUGGUGGUGGCCAUGUUCAUCAAGUACUGGAUCUACGUGUGCGGUGGCAUGUUCUUCUUCGUCAGCUUUGAGGGCAAGAUCGUCAUGUACAAGAUCAUCUACAUGGUGCUCUUCCUGUUCUGUGUGGCCUUGUACCAGGUCCACUACGAGUGGUGGCGGAAGAUUCUGAAAUACUUUUGGAUGUCAGUAGUCAUAUACACGAUGCUGGUGCUCAUCUUUAUCUACACGUAUCAGUUUGAAAACUUCCCCAGCUUGUGGCAAAACAUGACGGGGCUGAAGAAAGAGAAGCUGGAGGACCUGGGCCUGAAGCAGUUCACUGUGGCUGAGCUGUUCACACGCAUCUUCAUCCCCACCUCCUUCCUGCUCGUGUGCAUCUUGCACCUGCACUACUUCCACGACCGCUUCUUGGAGCUCACAGACCUCAAAGCCAUUCCCAGCAAGGAAGACAGCACCAUCUACAGCCAUGCCAAAGUCAAUGGUCGCGUGUAUCUGAUAAGAAAUAGGUUGGCACACCCCGAGGGCAGCCUGCCCGACCUGGCCAUGAUGCACCUGACCCCCAGCCUGGACAAGCCUGAAGUCCACAAGCAGGCGGAGCCGGGGCAGCAGCACCCUGAGGGACAGGAGCAGACGGAGGAAGGCAGGAAGGGUGAGCCCUCGAAGGACGGCAAGGACUCAGAGGAGGACUCAGAGGAGGACUCGGAGGAAGAAGAGGAGUUGGAGGAGGAGGAGGAGCUGUCAGAUUUACGGAGCAAGUGGCACUUGGUGAUCGACCGGCUCACUGUGCUCUUCCUGAAGUUCCUGGAGUUCUUCCACAAGCUGCAGGUGUUCGUGUGGUGGAUGCUGGAGCUGCACAUCACCAAGAUUGUCUCCUCCUACAUCAUCUGGGUGUCUGUGAAAGAGGUGUCUUUGUUCAACUAUGUGUUUCUGAUUUCCUGGGCCUUCGCUCUGCCCUACGCCAAGCUUCGCCGUCUAGCUUCCAGCGUCUGCACCGUCUGGACCUGUGUGAUCAUUGUCUGCAAGAUGCUGUACCAGCUCCAGACCAUCAAGCCCAGCACCUUUUCUGUUAACUGCACCUUGCCAAAUGAAAACCAAACCAACAUACCUCUCAAGGAGCUGAACAAGUCCCUGCUCUACAGCGCCCCCAUCGACCCCACGGAGUGGGUGGGCCUGAGGAAGUCUUCUCCCCUGCUCGUCUACCUGAGGAAUAAUCUCCUGAUGUUGGCCAUCCUGGCCUUUGAAGUCACCAUUUACCGGCACCAGGAGUAUUACCGAGGCCGGAACAAGCUGACAGCCCCCGUGUCGAAGACGAUCUUCCACGACGUCACCAGGCUCCACCUGGAUGACGGGUUGCUUAGCUGUGCCAAGUACUUCACAAACUACUUCUUCUACAAGUUCGGCCUGGAGACCUGUUUCCUACUGUCAGUGAAUGUCAUCGGCCAGAGGAUGGACUUCUAUGCCAUGAUCCACGCCUGCUGGCUGAUCGGCGUCCUGUACCGCCGCCGGAGGAAAGCCAUAGCCGAGGUGUGGCCCAAGUACUGCUGCUUCCUGGCCUGCAUCCUUACCCUGCAGUACCUGGUGUGCAUUGGGGUGCCCCCUGCACCCUGCCGAGAUUACCCAUGGAGGCUCAAGGGGGCUGACUUCAACGACAACAUCAUCAAGUGGCUGUACUUCCCUGACUUCAUCGUGAGGCCCAACCCUGUGUUCCUGGUCUAUGACUUCAUGCUGCUGCUGUGCGCCUCCCUGCAGCGGCAGAUCUUCGAGGAUGAGAACAAGGCUGCAGUGCGCAUCAUGGCCGGUGACAAUGUCGAGAUCUGCAUGAACCUGGAUGCGGCCUCAUUCAGCCAGCACAACCCUGUCCCUGACUUUAUUCACUGCAGGUCCUACCUGGACAUGUCCAAGGUGGUCAUCUUCAGCUACCUCUUCUGGUUUGUCCUCACCAUCAUCUUCAUCACGGGCACCACCAGGAUCAGCAUUUUCUGCAUGGGCUACCUAGUGGCCUGCUUCUACUUCCUGCUCUUCGGGGGUGACCUGCUGCUGAAGCCCAUCAGGAGCAUCCUGCGCUACUGGGACUGGCUGAUCGCCUACAACGUCUUCGUCAUCACCAUGAAGAACAUCCUGUCGAUCGGCGCCUGUGGAUACAUUGGGACGCUGGUGAAGAACAGCUGCUGGUUGAUCCAAGCCUUCAGCCUGGCCUGCACCGUCAAAGGCUACACAAUGCCUUCCGACGACGCGUCCUGCAAGCUGCCCAGCGGGGAGGCGGGCAUCAUCUGGGACAGCAUCUGCUUUGCCUUCCUCCUACUGCAGCGAAGGGUGUUCAUGAGCUACUACUUCCUGCACGUCGUGGCUGACAUAAAAGCGUCCCAGAUCCUGGCGUCCAGAGGGGCUGAACUCUUCCAGGCCACCAUCGUGAAAGCCGUGAAAGCAAGAAUAGAGGAGGAGAAAAAGUCCAUGGACCAGCUGAAGAGACAGAUGGAUCGCAUCAAGGCCAGGCAGCAGAAGUACAAAAAGGGUAAGGAGAGGAUGCUAAGCUUGACCCAGGAGUCAGGGGAAGGCCAGGACACCCAGAAACUCUCCGAAGAAGACGACGAAAGAGAAGCAGACAAACAGAAAGCCAAGGGCAAAACAAAGCAGUGGUGGCGGCCUUGGGUCGAUCAUGCUUCCAUGGUCAGGAGUGGAGAUUAUUAUUUGUUUGAAACGGAUAGUGAAGAAGAGGAAGAGGAAGAACUGAAGAAGGAGGACGAGGAGCUCCCAAGAAAGUCAGCAUUCCAGUUUGUGUAUCAAGCCUGGAUUACUGACCCUAAGACGGCACUCAGACAGCGGCGCACGGAGAAGAAAAAGUCUGCAAGAGAAGAGCAGAAAUGCAAGAGGAGAGGAUCCGGGGAGGGUCUGGUGGACUGGGAAGACCGAGAGGAGGAGCCAGUCAAAAAGAAAUCUGAUGGACCAGACAACAUCAUCAAACGGAUAUUCAACAUCGUGAAGUUCACCUGGGUGCUGUUCCUGGCCACCGUGGACAGCUUCACCACGUGGCUCAACUCCAUCUCCAGGGAGCACAUCGACAUCUCCACGGUGCUGAGGAUUGAGCGGUGCAUGCUGACCCGAGAGAUCAAGAAGGGCAAUGUCCCAACGCGUGAGAGCAUCCACAUGUACUACCAGAACCACAUCAUGAACCUUUCCCAGGAGUCCGGCCUGGAUACCAUCGAGGACCAGCCCGGAGCCAGGCCCGGGGCCCCACCGGCCCACAGGAUGGACAGCUUAGAUUCCCACGACAGCAUCUCCAGCUGCUACACUGAAGCCACCAUGCUGUUUUCGAGGCAGUCCACCCUUGAUGACUUAGACGGACCAGACCCUGUGCCCAAAACGAGCGAGCGCUCGAGGCCUCGGCUCCGUAAAAUGCUCAGCAUGGACAUGUCCUCCUCAUCCGCUGACAGUGGCAGCUUAGCGUCCAGCGAGCCCACGCAGUGCACCAUGCUGUACUCCCGCCAGGGGACCACGGAGACCAUCGAGGAGGUGGAGGCGGAGGCGGAGGAGGAGACAGAGGAGGAGGAGGAGGAGGAGGAGGAGCACGGGGCCGAGUGUGGGGCAGAGGCUGAGGAGGCCAGCCUCAGCCCCGAGGACGAGGAGGACGAGCCACCGCUGCUCUCCACCAAUGACGGGGACAUGGAGGUGCCACCCUCCUACAGCAAAGCUGUCAGCUUCGAGCACUUGUCCUUCGGCUCGCAGGACGGCGCCGAAGCCAAGAACCACAUGGUGGUCAGCCCGGACGACAGCCGCACCGACAAGCUGGAGUCCAGCCUGCUGCCACCCCUGACCCACGAGCUGACGGCCAGCGAGCUGCUGCUCAACAAGAUGUUCCAUGACGACGAGCUGGAGGAGUCCGAGAGGUUCUACGUGGGCCAGCCGCGCUUCCUGCUGCUGUUCUACGCCAUGUACAACACGCUGGUGGCCCGCUCCGAGAUGGUGUGCUACUUCGUGAUCAUCCUCAACCACAUGGUGUCCGCCUCCAUGAUCACGCUGCUGCUGCCCAUCCUUAUCUUCCUGUGGGCCAUGCUCUCUGUGCCCAGGCCCAGCCGGCGCUUCUGGAUGAUGGCCAUCGUCUACACCGAGGUGGCGAUUGUGGUGAAGUAUUUCUUCCAGUUCGGGUUCUUCCCCUGGAACAAGAACGUGGAGAUCCACAAGGACAAGCCCUACCACCCGCCGAACAUCAUCGGGGUGGAGAAGAAGGAGGGCUACGUGCUCUACGACCUCAUCCAGCUCCUGGCACUCUUCUUCCACCGCUCCAUCCUGAAGUGCCACGGCUUGUGGGACGAGGAGGAGGCCGUGGACAGCGGCACCGACAAGGCCGACUCGGAUGCUGAGCUUUCCCUCAGCCGUAGCAGGAGAGACUCCGCAGACUCGCUCAAGUCCAUUGACCUGGCCGCCUCCGUGGAGUCAGUGCAGGUGACCUUCCCCGAGCCGCCCAGGGCCCUGCGCAGGAAGCGCUCGAGCAGCAGCGGCCGGGACUCCCCCGGCUCCAGCUUCUCCUCCAACAGGUCCAAAAGAGGCAGCACAAGCACCCGGAACAGCAGCCAGAAGGGCAGCAGCAUCCUGAGCGUGAAGCAGAAGAGCAGGAGGGAGCUGUACGUGAAGAAGCUGCAGGGGCACCUGGUCCGGGCCAAGGCCUUCACCAUCCGGAAGACUCUGCAAAUCUACGUGCCCAUCCGGCAGUUCUUCUACAACCUCAUCCACCCAGACUACAGCGCCGUGACCGACGUGUAUGUGCUCAUGUUCCUGGCCGACACCGUGGACUUCAUCAUCAUCGUCUUUGGCUUCUGGGCCUUCGGGAAACACUCGGCAGCUGCAGACAUCACGUCCUCGCUGUCUGAGGACCAGGUCCCCGGGCCAUUCCUGGUGAUGGUGCUCAUCCAGUUCGGCACCAUGGUGGUGGACCGGGCGCUUUACCUCAGGAAGACUGUGCUGGGCAAGGUCAUUUUCCAGGUCAUCCUCGUGUUUGGAAUUCACUUCUGGAUGUUCUUCAUCCUCCCUGGUGUCACAGAGAGGAAAUUCAGCCAGAACCUGGUCGCUCAGCUCUGGUACUUUGUGAAGUGUGUUUACUUCGGACUGUCUGCCUACCAGAUCCGCUGUGGCUACCCGACACGCGUCCUUGGGAACUUCCUCACCAAGAGCUACAAUUAUGUCAACCUCUUCCUGUUCCAAGGGUUCCGCCUGGUCCCGUUUCUCACCGAGCUGAGGGCAGUGAUGGACUGGGUGUGGACUGACACGACCUUGAGCCUGUCCAGCUGGAUCUGCGUGGAGGACAUCUACGCACACAUCUUCAUCCUGAAGUGCUGGCGGGAGUCGGAGAAGAGGUACCCUCAGCCCCGGGGCCAGAAGAAGAAGAAAGUGGUGAAGUAUGGCAUGGGGGGCAUGAUCAUCGUCCUGCUCAUUUGCAUCGUCUGGUUUCCUCUUCUCUUCAUGUCUUUGAUCAAGUCUGUCGCUGGGGUCAUCAACCAGCCCCUGGACGUCUCUGUCACAAUCACCUUGGGAGGGUACCAGCCGAUUUUCACAAUGAGUGCCCAACAAAGCCAGCUGAAAGUCAUGGACAACCAGAGGUUUGGUGCAUUUAUAAAAAAGUUCUCUAGGGACACCGGUGCUAUGCAAUUUCUGGAAAAUUAUGAAAGAGAAGAUAUAACAGUAGCAGAACUGGAAGGAAACUCAAAUUCUUUGUGGACCAUCAGCCCUCCCAGUAAGCAGAAAAUGAUACAGGAACUCACGGACCCCAAUAGUAGCUUCUCUGUUGUUUUUUCAUGGAGUAUCCAGAGAAACAUGAGUCUGGGUGCAAAAGCAGAAAUAGCAACAGAUAAGCUCACGUUUCCUCUUAAAAAUGUCACACGAGAAAGUAUAGCUAAAAUGAUUGCUGGCAAUGACACGGAAAGUUCAAAGACACCUGUGACAAUAGAAAAGAUAUACCCAUAUUACGUGAAAGCACCGAGCGACUCUAACUCAAAACCUAUAAAGCAGCUUUUAUCAGAAAAAGAUUUCAUGAAUAUAACCAUCAUUCUGUCCAGAGACAACACGAUUAAGUCUAGCAGUGAGUGGUGGGUCCUCAACCUGACCGGCGACAGAGUAUACGACCAGGAGUCUCAGGCUCUGGAGCUGAUGGUCUUCAACGACAAGGUCAGCCCCCCCAGCCUGGGGUUCCUGGCUGGCUACGGCAUCAUGGGAUUAUACGCUUCGGUUGUCCUAGUGAUUGGGAAGUUUGUCCGGGAGUUCUUCAGUGGCAUCUCGCACUCCAUCAUGUUCGAAGAGCUUCCGAAUGUGGAUCGGAUUCUGAAGUUAUGCACAGAUAUUUUUUUAGUUCGAGAGACAGGGGAACUGGAACUAGAAGAAGAUCUCUAUGCCAAGUUAAUAUUCCUGUACCGCUCACCAGAGACGAUGAUCAAAUGGACCAGAGAAAAGACAAACUGACGCCUAGGGCCCAAACUACAAAUCAUGCUAACAUUUGAAUUUUUUUACAAAAGCACAACAUUCUCCUCAGAGCUAAGCAUUCUAGUUCAGUGGCAUUGGUUUCUCUCCUGGCAGGUGAGCAAAGGAGCUGACCUCCUUUUGCAGUCUGAGCUGCCUUGCAAGAGGAGGUGCUGCUGAAGACAUUGUACUGCCUUUUCUCUGAAAUCAGGGCUACUUGCUCUAUGUUUUAGUCAGUGGCGUCUUGCACUCUGAUUGACCGCAUCAAAGAUCCAGGCACGGUGCCUUCUCUGGGAGCGACAGAAGCAGGAAGAGGGCAGAGGUCGUGUUUCACCCUGUGGGGCCACCUGUCUCCUGGGGUGACGCCAUGAGGCCAUCACCAGCUCCUACCCAGCUGGGGAUGUGCUGAAGGAGCUCGGGACCCUCAGCAGCCCAAGUAAGCAACAGCAGUCGCAGGCAGGAGCCCCGACUGUGUUUCCGGGCAAGAGAGGGAACCAGGAGCCCCCAAGCUGCCCGCAGAAAGCCAGCCUCACUCUAAGCAAAAAGUUAACAUUAGCGACACUCUUACUGCCUUAUCUUAACUGAAGAUGAAUAAGAAAUCUUUUCCAUGAAACACCAGUGACUUCUCAGGAAAAAAAAGAAAAGCAGCAACACCAAUGGGCAGCCGGAGGGGCGUGGCGGAGGGCAGCCGGCCGGACCGGGACCGGGACCAGGACCGGGACCAGGACCGGGACCAGGACCCGGAUGGCGCCUCCUCCCUCCGAGGUCCCGGGUGCUCCCCACCCGCCCCGCCCUGACUCGCUUUCCCCCACUUUGAUGAUUAAGGCAAGGGUUUUUCCAGUAUGUGACAUUUUCCUUCCUGUUUUUCAGGUAUAUCAAAGAGUUUACAUAUUCCAAUUCACAUUUUUACAUCUGAGACGGGUUUUUUAAGUUCAUAAUUAUGAAAGAAAUAUGUAUAUUGAGCUUGGGGAAAUAAAAAUGGCCUUUUCUUAAAUUAUUAUCAUUGGUAAUACAACUUCCUGAAAUAACAAUGUAGCAUGAAAAAUUUAUGACUGAAAUAUGUAGUUUUCAUUCUAUAUUAAAAAUAGUUUCUGAGAAGAAUCAUUGAGCUGGAAUAUGUCAAAAAUGUGAUCGUGUGUGGUUUGGGUUCAGGGCCGAGUUCAAAUAAAGCACAUCUUGCAAAGUCAUUGAAAGGA